GUCUGCGUCCUCGUAGCGCAGUGACGAUGCUCCAGAAGGCUCACGUCCCCACUAAAUGUAGUCAUCCAUAGGAGCGAGCAGAAUCAGUCUGAAUGUAGAGGAUUCACUAAAGUGAGAGACUUCAAAUUGUAUGGCGUUUCUUCCAUCAACUCCAAUGGCAGUUGCGUUUCGCCUUAAGAUCGGUAUUCUGUUGGGGCUGCUGUUCGGACAUGCUCAGUCAGCUCGAUUAUACACCGAGGAGGAUCCAGUGGUUAUACUGAGCAGCGACAGCCUGAAGCAGACCGUGUUCAACUCCUCCAGCGCCUGGCUGCUUCAGUUCUACUCGUCGUGGUGCGGCCACUGUAUCCAGUACUCGUCUACAUGGAAAGCCCUGGCCGGCGACGUGAAGGACUGGGCACAGGCCAUUCGUAUAGGAGUUCUGGAUUGUGCUCAUGAGAAGAACUUUGACAUCUGUAAGGAGUUUGGAAUCCACUUCUACCCCACCUUCAGGUAUUUUAAGGCACAUGACACCACUAAUGAUUAUGGGAAGACAUAUCGUGGGGCUGACAGAGAGCUUCAGACAGUGAGGCAGUUGAUGGUAAACUUCCUCCAAAACCACACAAAGCAAGACUGGCCUGUGGGCUGCCCUCCCCUUGACCCUGCCAGGUCUGAGGACAUCCUGUUCUUAAUGGGGAAGAAAACGGAGUUCUAUACUGCAGUUAUAGUUGAGGACAAAGAUUCUUUUAUAGGAAGAGAGGUAAUUUUGGACCUAAUGCCAUAUGAGGGUUUGGCAGUGAAGAGAACGCUGAUCGCAGACAAACCUCUAAUGGAGGAACUAGGGAUUACUUCGGUUCCCUCAGUCUACCUAUUCCAUCCCAACGGCACACACACUAUCAUGAAUGUUCAGAAGAGGCUACGCUUUUUCUUCUCCUCCUUCCUAAAACUUCUCCCUGGAGUACACAGGAAACAGUCCACCUCGUCCCUGCAGCGUCCUCAGCCUGGGAAGAAUGGACAGGGAACCCAGGUGGAGUGGAAAGUGUUUGAAAAGUCUAAGGUUUACAUGGCAGAUCUGGAAUCUGGCUUACAUUAUCUACUGAGGGUUGAACUAGCCACCCACAAGACCUUAGAAGGAGAAGAACUAAAAACUUUCAAGGACUUUGUAACAGUUGUCGCCAAGCUAUUUCCAGGUCGCCAAUCUGUGGUGAAACUUCUUGAGACGUUGCUGGAAUGGCUAGUCAGUUUACCUUUGGAGAAGAUCCCCUACAAUGCUAUCCUGGACUUAGUUAACAACAAGAUGAGGAUCUCAGGACUGUACCUGAGUGAGCAAGUGCAGUGGGUUGGAUGCCAGGGUAGUAGUGUGGCACUAAGAGGAUAUCCCUGCUCCCUCUGGACUCUGUUUCAUGUUCUGACUGUGCAUGCUGCCAACAGACCUGAUGCUUUAGCCAACACUGGGUUUGAGGAAGAUCCCUUGGCAGUGCUUCAAACCAUGCGUCACUACAUUGGGACCUUCUUUGGUUGCCAGGAGUGUGGGAAGCAUUUUGAGGAAAUGGCUCAGGAAUCUCUGAACCAGGUCAAGACCGUUGAUGAGGCUGUGCUGUGGCUGUGGAGAAAACACAACCAGGUUAAUGCAAGACUGGCAGGUUCAAUGAGCGAGGACCCCAUGUUUCCUAAGACGCAGUGGCCGACUCCUGAUCUCUGUCCCACAUGCCAUGAGGAGCAAGAAGGCCUUCAUGUCUGGAACGAACAGAUGGUGCUCGCUUUCAUUAAACAACACUACAGUGCUUUAAACAUUUCCCCAAAAUACUCCAGCAACAGCCAACCAGAGCCAGGCCCUCCUGCUCCCGACAGACCCAAAGCCAUAACCAAACCAAACAGCAACAGUCACCUCAACCAGAACCUAAAGCCAUCUCCCGACAUUCUAAAACAUCAGAAGAGGACUGAUAUCAGCGGUGCGGGAGAGCAGCACAUCGCUGUCCAGAUAGAAGCUAGACCAGGGAUGGGAUUCUCAAGCCUGGACAUGAGUCUCUGUGUACUGCUCUACGCCUUCUCCUGUGUCUUCCUCAUGUUCAUGUUUUUCUUCUUCCGCUUUCGCUCAAAGAGAAGGAAAGCCAGAAACUACCGGCCUUACGUAUAGCAGCAGAAUGCUGAGAUGGAAAACUGUGGAUAAGGUGAAUGUAAUGUAUGUAGCCCCUGCCAAGUGUUGAAGGAGACUUUUUUAAAUUUAUUUGAUUACUUUUAUUCGUUUCAGUUUUUGUUGUUGUUGAUAUUUUUGUGAAGUGCUUUAUAAUGAAGAACUUGUCUAAUGACCGAUGAAAGUCCACUCGUGUAUAGGGCAUAGUUGUCUGAACAAGCACCUGUUAGCGAGUAUUUCUCAACCCUAAACAAACAGAGAGGAUAAUUUAACUGGAGAAACGAUUUUAUUAUAGUAAAAGUAACAACCUAGGUCAAGGUAUAUUUUUAUGAAUAUUCUACAUUAUUUAUAGAGAUUUUUAUUGAAAUAAUAUAUCCUAAGUUUCUCACGGGGUAUAUAUCACUCUCUAUGAAAGUCACACUUUAUAUCUGUAUGAUGGUCCAAAAAACACUAAUAUGAUUUAUUCUGUCACUCAAGGUCGCUAGCGCAGAAGCCAGUGACAAGUAAUACACUGCCUGUCAAUGACCAGAUGUGGAAAAACCCUUGGUUUUGUUAAUCUCAUGGUCCAUUGAAAUAUACUGUAUGAACCUUUUUUAUUUUUAUAAA